UCGGGGCUGAGUGUUUCCGGGCUUCCUCGUCUCCUGCCUUCCGGUUUGCAUUUCUCUCCGGAAGGUUGAGGAAAACGACUGAGCCAACGGUCUGAGCGAGGAAAGGGGCGCGUUUUGAAGAGGGCUUUUCUCGGCGGCGGCGGCGGCGGCCGUGAUAAUGGACAAGCUCCGGCGGGUGCUGAGCGGGCAGGACGACGAGGAGCAAGGGCUGACAGCGCAGGUGCUUGAUACUUCAUCUCUUAGUUUUAGUACUCGAGUGAAAUGGUUUGCUGUAUGUUUUGCAAGUGGCAUCUUGUGUUCUAUUCUUGGAACAGCAUUUCUUUGGCUCCCAGGUGGGAUAAAACUCUUUGCAGUAUUUUAUACCAUAGGAAAUACUGCUGCAUUAGCCAGUACUUGCUUCCUGAUGGGUCCUGUGAAGCAACUGAAAAGGAUGUUUGAACCCACAAGACUCCUUGUGACAAUUGUUAUGCUAUUGUCUUUCAUCCUCACCUUAUGUGCUGUGUUCUGGUGGCAUAAGAAAGGACUAGCUGUGCUUUUCUGCAUCCUGCAAUUCUUGGCAAUGACCUGGUACAGUUUGUCAUAUAUCCCUUAUGCAAGGGAUGCUGUGAUGAAAUGCUUCACAUCCUGCCUAGCUUAAUGUGAACAAAGAGCAACUUUUUGAUGAUUUUGGAAGCCAACUUCAUUUCUUCGAAUUUACUCAAAACGUUUCAGCUCAUGAAACAGCAGCAUCCCUCUUCCACAAUUGGGAUUAAUUGUGUUAGCAGUUAUUGUUUAAAAAUAUAUAAACAUCUGUGUUUCAGGAAAACAUCAUAUCCAUGCAUGUUCUUAAAAUGGCUUCUUGCCUCACACAGUGAUCUUAAAACUGGUGGUUUGGUUUCUGCUAACAUUUAAUCUCAGCAUUUAAUGUUCUUUGGGUUUCAGGUAAAAUGCAUGUAAAUACUUGUGUCUCAGUUUUUCUAUUUAUCUUUCUCAUUUGUGCAUUAUUUGUUCUAUGCUUCCCAAAGACAUUUAAAAUUGUAAAAUGAAGUAUUCUACUAAAUUUAUAGCUAAUGGGACUCUUCUGAAAUGUUUAAACAUACAUUGUAUGGGAGAACAGAAUGUGUAACAGGGCUGUUUUUAAAGACCCUUUUUGUUAGGUUUUUGUUUCAAAUGCCAACUUUUUAUACUGUGAUACCUAAAAUACACUUGACUAAAAGUGCUUAUGAGUAAUAUAUUAAACCAGUGAUUAUAAAAUAAAUUUAAGUAUUUAAACUUU